GGAAGCGUCAAGAUGGCGGCACUGAGCAUGGGAGCGUUUGGUCUAUCGUAUCAAAAAUAUCUACAAGAACAAGGAGAGCGUGAAAAAGAGCUGAAUCGAGGACCAGAUACGGUUUGGGUAACUAAACGAUAUAUACCAACGGAUCUCCGUGUCACUGCCCCCGUCCCCAGACACAAAUUUGUGGCCCCUCCGAAUCUCCCCAAGGCGGAAGAACACUGGGUGCCCGUCGGGGAACCCCCUCUCAGAAGUUUUGACAGGAGAGAGGAAAAGAUGAUUUACGUGUCUCACCCAUCAACCAGAUGUGAGGAGUGGUCCACCUUAAGACAAACCUUACCAUCCAGGGGUAGUAACAAGAAACCAUGUCCCCCAAAUUGGGGAUCCGGCACAAGCCUCCCACCCAUUGUCAUCGAGAGGACGGUCAGUCGAUUCCCCAUCGUCAACUGUCCGAUGACAAGAUAUGUUGAUGACAUGCACCUUACCAACAGACUAUUCAAGCUUCAUUGAACACAACUGGAGCAACGAUUCUUCCAUACGACUCCAAGUGGAGCUGUACAGACACCAACAUCUUGUGUAGGAAAUGAUAUUCUACCAAGCUCUAUCAAAAGUUCAUUUAUCCCAAACCUUGUUACCCUACGGUCGUGGUUUAUGGGUAGGACAUUCAUGUGUUGCGAUCGGUUGUAUGUGGGUAUUAAAGCUUUUGAAAUAUGUUUUGUUGAUAUAAUGUUUAUUCAUGGGUGAACGUGCUGUGACAUUAUUGCUUUUACACACAGUUCAGUAUUAUACAGCUAACCCUACCAGUAUUAUAAAACUCCCAGCAAAUGGCCCAUGGGGAUUUGUUUUAAUUGAUUUUGGAUGUGUUUCUUUGUUUAUUAUUAUUUUUAGAUUUAAUUGGAAUAUUGUUCUUGCCAUGAUGUUCACCUCAUCAGUAUUAUUGCAUCUGCCUUAACGGUAACAACCACAGUGUUCCCUAAUUCAAUAACUGUUCAGUUAGCAGUGGCAUUAUGUAACAACGACUUUUGGUUCUUGCGGGAGUAAGUCAGUGAUUAAAAGUGUAUACUUAUACAUGUAAUAAAUAUUAAACAGUAUAAGAACUAUAUUGCAUGUUGAAUCUUGAACACUUGUAUCAAAAUGGAUCACACACACACACACACACACACACACACACACACACACAC